AGGAAGCUGUCGCCUGUCAGAGGGGGGCAUCAACCUGCGCUGUCAUGGAUAAAUAUCGACCAAAGAGGCCGACCACCCUGGCUCUGUUUCCACAGCUGCCACAGGCCGGCACCCAGGACUCCAUCAACAACAACUCUCUAGGCAAGAAGGACAGCUGGAAGGACUCACACUCCUCCUCCCCACACAUCACAGGAGAUCGAACGCCCCCUGAUGUCAAACCAAAAGCGGAGGACAAAGUCCGGCUCGGCUCGCAGCGCCGGCCGGCACCCAAACCUCCCACCGCCAACGGCCCCAACGGCAGAGCCAGCGCUCAGGCCGCCGCCGCCGCCACCCGGAGCCGAGAUCGACCGGCGAGCUCCACCUCGCAGUCCUCUGGAACUCCGAGGAGUCAACGGAGAGCAGCCGCAGGAGGAGGAGGAGGAGGAGGCGGCGGGAAAGCGGGAGGCCGAGGAGCCGCGGCGAUGAAGGAGAGGAGUCUGGCAGAGCAGCGGGGGAAAGACUCCGCCUCGGAGCGGCGCGGCGGACGGCUGUGCGACGACGCCAAGGCCAAGGACAAGGAACGCAACGGACACCAGCGCACCCGGGACACGGGCGGGGCCAAGGGCCGGCCGGGGAGCAAGGGAGGCCCCAGAGGAGGAGGCGGCAAGGCAGCCACCGCACCGUCCAGCCAGGAGGUCUACCUGCCCGCCAUGGUGGUCCCACGCACACCGGUAGCUCCCAAAAACCAGGACAAGGCCCAGGAGCAGGGUCAGAACCACGACAGGAGCCAGGACGACCCUCCCGCCCUGUCCCGGUCCAGCAGCGAGGGCGGCUCCAACCGGAUGUCGCUCAGCUCCGACACGGAGGGGCCCCCGCCCGGACCCCUCCACCCGUCCCUGUCCCACCGGACCAACCCCGACAUCAGCGAGGAGGACGGCGAGGGCGACCCCACGCCCUGCCUCCACGCCCACAGCGGUCCCAGUGACUGCUUCAGCAGUGAAACCCAAACCGGGGCGGUCCGGACCGAGCCGGAGGAGGAGGCGGGGGGCCAGGGGGGCGGGGCCGACACCGCCGCGGACCGCGACCCUUCUCGGACCGUACCAAAGAGUGAAUCCGCGGCGGGGCUGAGUUAUGACUCUGUGAAAUACACUCUGGUGGUGGACGAGCACGCCCAGCUGGAGCUGGUCGACCUGAAGGACUGCCUGCGCCGGUACGACGAGCGCAACGACGACAGCGACGCCGAGACCGUGUACCAGUCCGCCAACGAGGACGAGGACCCGGAGUACGAGGAGGAGCGGAAGAGGAGCGAGGCAGCGCGCAAGCAAGAGAAGAGGAAACAGGAAGAGGAGCAACGAAAGGAGGAAGAGGCGAGGAAGAAGAGGGAAGAGGAUGUGAGGAAGAGGAGGGAGGAGGAGGUGAAAAGGAGGAAGGAGGUGGUGGCCACCAGGCUCUGCGUGCGAUCAAAGGUCACCUCGGCCACCACGUCUGAGGAAGAGGAGUCCAACGGAGGAAGAGGCGGCGUUCCAAGAAGCAGGAAGUUCCUCAACCUGUUCGCCAAUGACAGCAGCCCGUACAGCGCCACCGGUGCGGGUUCCUUCGGGAUGUUCUCCUGUGUCCUGGACGGCGUGGAGCGGUCGCAGAGUCACCGGGCUGCCUACAGGUUUGUCCCCCGCCACGCUGACGAGUUGUACCUGGAGACAGACGACCCGGUGCUGAUGCUGAACCAGUCCGAGGACCUGUGGUGUCACGGGUACAACAUGAGGACCGGAGCCACCGGCAUCUUCCCGGCCUACUACGCCGCCAGGGUGCCCAAAGAGAUGUCCCACGUUCAGAGAGUGGGCUGGACAGACCAGUUCCUGGUGCGGUUCCUGGGUUCGGUUCAGGUUCCCAUCCACACGGGCAAUGACGUGCUGUGUGCGGCCAUGCAGAAGGUGGCGUGUAACCGGCGUUCGGCCGGACAGCCUCCGUCGUCCUGCGUGCUGGAAGUCAGCAUGAAGGGAGUGAAGCUCAGCGUGCAGGACCAGUGUCAGUCGGCUCACAGGGGCGAUCAGUGUUACCAUUUCUUCCAGCUGAAGAACAUCUCGUUCUGCGGCUGUCACCCUAAACACAGCAGGUAUUUCGGUUUCAUCACCAAACACCCGGACCUGCAGCGCUUCGCCUGCCACGUGCUCAUGUCGGAGACCACCCUGCACCCUCUGGCCGAGUCCGUCGGGAGAGCCUUCCAGCAGUACUACAAGGAGCACGUGGGAUACUCCUGUCCCACGGAGGACAUCUUCAUCGAGUGACCCGUCCCCCGUCCCCCCCCCGCCCCCCCCCCGGCCC